ACCGAGUUCUUCUUUUUUUUCUUUCUUCGUGUACAUUCACAGCCGCAACCAUGAUUAUUUACAAGGACAUCAUCACCGACGACGAGAUCAUCUCGGACUCGUAUGACCUCAAGGAGGUCGACGGCAUCGUCUACGAGGCCGACUGCGCCAUGAUUACCGAGGGCGCCGUCCACGUCGACACCGGUGCCAAUGCUUCCGCCGAGGAGGCCGAGGAGGGUGUUGAGGAUACCGAGGUCAAGGUCAACAACAUCGUCCACUCUUUCCGUCUCCAGUCCACCAGCUUCGACAAGAAGGGCUACCUGUCCUACCUCAAGGGCUACAUGAAGGCUGUCAAGGCCGCCCUCCAGGAGAAGGGUGCUUCCCCCGAGACCAUCACUGCCUUCGAGAAGGGUGCCCAGACCUACGUCAAGGAGAAGCUGCUGCCCAACUUCAAGGACUUUGAGUUCUACACUGGCGAGUCCAUGAACCCCGAUGGAAUGAUUGUCCUCCUCAACUACCGCGAGGAUGGUGUCACCCCCUACGUCAUUGUCUGGAAGCACGGUCUUACCGAGAUGAAGGUCUAAGUGCCCGUCUUCUUUCAAUUCAAACAAAGAUGCGGGUCAGAGCAGGUUGGGGGAGAGGAAAAAAGAGACAAAGUUACGAGUCCAAUCUUUUGCGUUUCACUCGGCGCAUGACAUAUAUACCUAAAACGCCUCAUAGCUGGAGACACAAGCGGGAGAUGAUUUAACACGAAGGGACAACGAAAUAAUAAAAAAACAAUCUGAUUCAUGAC